AUGGGAGAGUUCAGUAAAGACAGGGUUCAUUCUGUCACUGUAGGAGGGCACAAAGAUGGAACAACUAAGGGCAGUUCUCAGAUUCAAGCAUCAACCACCAUGGAAUCACAUCUGCAUAAGAGCCCAGCCCAUCUGGUUUCAGCUUCUCUAGAUUCUCAAGUUCAAUCUCACUGCCAUGCUUGUUUGGGCAGCGAUAGUUGUCAAAGAGUUCGUUCGAGAACAAAAUUGAUGAAUACUUUGAUUGAGAGGAAAAAGCCUCAAGAAGUCCACUCCAUUUUUAACAGUUUAACUGAAGAAGGACACAGGCCAACUCUUGUAACAUACACAACUCUCUUGGCUGCUUUGACUCUCCAGAAACAUUUCAAGUCCAUUCCUUUGCUUCUUACUAAGGUGGAAGAGAAUGGGUUGAAGCCUGACUCAAUAUUCUUCAAUGCCAUGAUCAAUGCUUUUGCUGAAUCUGGAAAUGUCAAGGAGGCCAUGAAAAUCUUCGACAAAAUGAAGGACGGUGGAUGUAAGCCUACAACCAGCACUUAUAAUACCUUAAUUAAAGGGUUUGGGAUAAUUGGUAAGCCUGAAGAAUCUUUGAAACUAGUAGAACUAAUGUCACUGGAAGGAAAUGUGAAACCCAAUGAUAGAACAUAUAAUAUUCUUGUUCGUGCGUGGUGUAACAAGAACAACACCACGGAAGCAUGGAAUGUGGUUCACAGGAUGGUUGCAUUUGGUAUGAAACCUGAUGUUGUUACAUACAAUACAAUUGCAAGGGCUUAUGCUCAGAACAGGGAAACAAAUAAGGCUGAAGCCAUGAUAUUUCAGAUGCAGAAUGACAAAGUGGCGCCAAAUCAGCGGACCUGUGGUAUUAUUGUCAAUGGAUACUGUAAAGAAGGUAACAUGACAGAUGCACUGAGAUUUAUGUACAGGAUGAAGGAACUUGGGGUGCACCCCAAUCUCAUCAUUUUCAACUCUCUUAUCAAGGGGUUUCUUGACAUUACAGAUACUGAAGGAGUUGACGAGGCAUUUACACUAAUGGAGGAAUUUGGGGUCAAACCAGAUGUCAUAACAUUUAGCACCAUCAUGAAUGCAUGGAGUUCGGCUGGACUAAUGGACAAGUGCCAAGAAAUUUUUAAUGACAUGGUGAAGGCUGGAAUAGCACCUGACAUUCAGGCAUUCAGCAUUCUUGCAAAAGGCUAUGUGCGUGCCAGAGAUCCUGAAAAAGCUGAGGCACUCCUGAAAAUCAUGGGCAAAUCUGCGGUGCACCCAAAUGUGGUAAUCUUCACUACCGUAAUUAGUGGAUGGUGCAGUGCAGGCAAAAUGGAGCAUGCUUUGAGGUUGUUUGAGAAGAUGUGUGAAAUGGGCAUAUCACCUACCUUGAAAACUUUUGAUACUCUAAUAUGGGGAUAUGGAGAGGCAAAACAACCAUGGAAAGCAGAGGAAUUACUCCAAACUAUGGAAGAAAACGGAGUCAUUCCUGUGGAGAACACCAUUAAGCUCGUUGCAGAGGCAUGGCGUGCCAUUGGUUUUGUAAAUGAAGCCAAGAGAAUCAUGAAUGAUCCAGAUGAUGACCAAAGGGCUAUAUCAAAUACCAAGAGGGGCGAGUCACCAGAAGAGAGCCUGGGUAAAGUUUAUGAGAAAGAAAAUGUUAGUGCUUCUAAUUUAAGUCUUCUGCAAGUAUCAGGUAUCAUUGUAGCCAAUCAAAAUGGGUCAGCUGCGCUCAACACAAGAAGCCGGAUGAUGCUGAAAAGAUCAGGAUUUUCAUCCGAAAGCUUGAGUAGUACAACUAAAUCCAUGUUUAUUACUCAUACUUGUGGAUUUAAGGUGAAACCGCUGAUGAUAUAUCACAAGCACUUUCAAGUGCAGGUUGGAAUUUGUGGUUAUGUGAAUUCAUGUAGAGCAGUGAUUUGA